AUGGCCGUCACGCCCGUCUGGUUCAUCACCGCCGCCUCCUCAGGCUUCGGCCAGGCCAUUGCCAUCGCCGCCCUCCGCCGCGGCCACACCGUCAUCGCCACGGCCCGCAACCCAUCCCGCAUCCAAGACCUCGCCGCCGCCGGUGCCCACACGCUGGCCUUUGACGUGACGUCUCCCCUCUCCACCAUCGAGGGCGUAGCAAAGGACGUGUUUGCCAAGCACGGCCGCGUAGACUACCUCAUCAACGCCGCGGGCUUCAUGCUCGAGGCUGCCGUCGAGGAGGCCACGCCCGAGGAGGUCUACCAGAGCUUCAACACAAACGUCUUUGGCGUGAUGAACACGCUUCGAGCCUUCUUGCCGUACAUGCGCGCGCAGGAGGUGGCUGAUGAUGGGGUUCGCGGCGUGGUGGCCACGUUUGGCAGCUUGGGGAGCUGGCGAGGCGUUGCUGGCGGAGCAGUCUAUGCCAUGACCAAGUGGGCGUGCUCUGCCUUGGCCGAGUCGCUGGCCAUGGAGCUGGAGCCGUUCAAGAUCAAGGCGACGGUUGUUGAGCCGGGAUAUUUCCGCACGGGCUUCUUGAACCCGGGGACGUUGGCCUCGUCAAAGGUCCGUAUCGAUGCGUACGAGGAUGAGAAGACGCCCACGGGACAGACGAGGAGGCGGCUUUUGGUGACGGAUGGAAACCAGCUUGGCGAUGUGAACAAGGGCGCCGAGGUCGUGGUGGAUAUGCUGUCUGGCAAUGGGGCUGCGAGUGGGCGAGAGCUUCCUGUGAGGGUUGUGCUUGGGAGUGAUACGGAAAAGGUGAUUCGGGACAAGUUUGAGAGCACAAAUAAGAUUCUUGACGAGUGGAAGGAGGUUUUGAGAAGCACCGACUCUCCUUUGAACUAG